GAAAGGCUUAAAUUCGCCGUGAAACCCUGACAGGAGAAUAAGAGGGGUCCCUGGGAAAUAUGUGCAUUUAUUCAAUAGCAAGUGUGCAAAGCUCACAAAUUGAGAGACAGAGGCAGCAGUAGUCAGGCUUAGGUAUUCUACCCUCUCUGAAUAUAAUUUUAGAUUUAGAUUCAGCUUAAAUCCAAAGGGAAAACACUUUAUAAGGUUGAAAGCUGUGUAGUUGCAACAGCCAGGGUUAUGAGCUAUCAAAUGCAAUUACAUUAAAAUAGAUUAUACUGCGUAAAUUGAGCCAUUUAGAAGGUGAGAACCAAAGAAACAGCUCUGAUCCCCCUUCCUUCUAAAUUGCAGUUUUAGUUCCUUGCAAUUCUGAGGCACAAAAGUAGGUGAGACUGCUUUUGUAUCUGCAAAGUGCUUCAUUUCUGAGUGUAAUUCUAACUGAGUGCAAUCUAGGUUAAAAGCUGGACAACUGGGUAAUUAGAGCUCACUUGCUGCUAAAGGACGAUCAGCUGUACCGUAGCUCAUUUGUGUUCCCAGAGACUUGUUCUCUUCUCCCCUGAGCGGAGGCUGCUGGAGAAGAAGCAUCUGUCCCCGGACUUUUCUUGAUUGCUGAGAUGAUGGUGCUGGACAAGGAGGACGGUGUGCCGAUGUUAUCUGUACAACCCAAAGGGAAACAGAAGGGCUGUGCUGGCUGCAACCGGAAGAUCAAGGACCGGUACCUUCUGAAGGCACUCGAUAAGUAUUGGCAUGAAGACUGUCUGAAGUGCGCCUGCUGUGACUGUCGUCUUGGAGAGGUUGGAUCAACUCUUUACACAAAAGCGAAUCUCAUUCUUUGCCGCAGAGAUUACCUGAGGCUCUUUGGUACCACCGGGAAUUGUGCUGCCUGCAGUAAACUGAUCCCUGCCUUUGAGAUGGUGAUGAGGGCCAGAGAUAAUGUUUACCAUUUGGACUGCUUUGCCUGUCAGCUCUGCAACCAGCGAUUCUGUGUGGGAGACAAAUUUUUCCUGAAGAACAACAUGAUCUUGUGUCAGAUGGACUAUGAGGAAGGGCAGCUCAACGGGAGCUUCGAGUCCCAGGUUCAAUAGCAAACUGCUUCGCUGAAGCACUGUGGGAUGGACGUUCGGCCGCGCCAGCAGUGAGGGCGUCCGUCAGCUUGCCUGCAAUAUUUUUUUAAUUCUUGGUCCAGAGAGGACUAUAUACAUUGUAGUACUUCCCCCCCCCCCAACACAAAGCAGUUACAAUUUUAGAUGUACAGUUGUGCCUGCUUAGCUGAGCACUGCAUUGCCUGUAUGUUUGUGAGUUUUUGGGGUCUGGGGAGGGCUCUGUACAGUCUGUUUUCUGUAUAUAAACUGGAACAUUUAUUUUAUGAAAAAUGUAAUGCAAUUUUAUUACUGGUGUGAAUUAAAAAUUAUGAAUGUUUCCUGGUCA